AUGACCAUCACCAACGGCACCCACGCCCUCACCGGCAAGUCCCAACCACACUCCUCUGCCGCCUCUACCUCCAAAUUCCUCAAGACCAGCGCCUCUGUCCAGAUUCUCGGCUGUGACUUUUCUGGUGGACAGGGCAAGGCAGGAGUAGACCAAGGACCUAGUCAAUUGAUCCAGGCUGGAUUGCAGAAGCAGAUUGCCCAGUUGGGAUGGAAUGUGGGGUACGAGGGGAAUGAGAGGUAUGAGAGAAUCGUCCAGGAGUUUGCUGGAAAGGAUGCUGACAUCGGACAAAUGAAGAACCCAAGAACGGUCAACGCCGUCGCCCGCUCUGUAGCCGACCGAGUCGAAGCCAUCUCCAAGGCAGGCGACCUUCCUCUCACCCUCGGAGGCGACCACUCCCUCGGUCUGGGCACAGUCACUGGCACUCUCCGCUCUCACCCCUCCGCAGGUGUGAUCUGGGUAGAUGCCCAUGCCGACAUCAAUACUCCCCUCACAACCGAUUCUGGUAACUUGCACGGCUGCCCAGUCUCUUUCCUCAUGGGACUCGAAGGAUGCGAUGUUGCUCCUUUCAACGAGUGGGUUCAACCUCUGCUCAAACCAGAGGGAAUCGUCUACAUUGGUCUGAGGGACAUUGAUGUCGAGGAGCGCAAGAUUCUAAAGGAGAACAACAUCAAGUGCUUUUCCAUGCAUCACGUCGACAAGUAUGGAAUUGGAAGAGUGGUAGAUAUGGCUUUGGACCACCUCAAUGGCAACUCGGGAAGGCGAGACAGGCCUAUCCACCUCAGCUUCGACGUUGAUGGGCUGGACCCUUCCGUAGCUCCUUCUACUGGAACACCAGUAAGGGGAGGACUUACAUUCCGAGAGGGACACUACAUCUGUGAGACUCUGCACGAGACCGGUUGUCUAGUCGCAGUAGACAUCAUGGAGGUCAACCCAAGCUUGAUGGAACAGAGGGACGCAGAGGCUACAGUUGCCGUUGGAUGCUCACUCGCCAGGAGCGCACUUGGUGAGACGCUCCUCUGA